AAACCAAAUACGUGGCGCUAGGGUUUUUAUACCCCACCCGUACCGCGGUAUCCGAAAUCUCUGCUCGAUCGGGUGUCAGACGAGCGCUCCCACACAAAGGGAAGGAAAAAGAGAGAGAGAAAUGGGGUCUAGAGACAAGGACCAAAAGAUGUCGCAUCACCAGCCGCUACUUAGCAGCCUCGUUGUGCGGCCUUCGGCCAGCGACGGAGCUGAUGGCGGUGGGGGUGGAGGAGGAGGCCGUGGUGGUGGUAGCGAUUACGAGCCUGGAGAGGUCCGUCGUGAGCCGCCUCCUUAUUCUCGCUCUGAUCGAUACAACGAUGAACCUGGAUAUAGAAUUCGUGCAGGUUCUAGUUCCCCUGUACGUCGUAGGGAUGCAGAUCACCGUUAUGGUUCCAAUUUUGAUCGCUCAGGUGGCCCAUCACGAAGCCGUGAUUUUGGUAAUGGGAGGGAUCCUGGUAGAUAUCGAGACUCUUCACCUCCUUAUAAUCGAGGACCGGGUGGUGGCAGGCCACUCGGCAGAGGUUUUGAUGGGGCUGGAUAUGGUCCUGGAGCCUUCAGAGGUGAAGGCAUGACUAGAAAUAAUCCUAACGUGCGUCCAAGGGAAGGAGACUGGGUCUGCCCAGAUCCUUUAUGUAGAAACUUAAACUUUGCAAGGAGAGAAUACUGUAACAACUGCAGGAGAUUUCGAUAUGCACCUGUGGGAAGUCCUCGUGGAGGCUAUCCUGGUCCUCCACCUUCACAUGCUCCUCCCAGGCGCUUUCCUGGCUCUCCCAUGGAUCUAUCACCGCCUGGCAGGAAUAUGAAUGGCUUUAGAUCUCCUCCACGUGGUUGGGCUAGGGAGGGCCCCAGAGAGUUUGGAGCUGGUGGUCCACCACCUCCAAGGCAUGAAGGCAGGUUUUCUGAUCAUAGCAUGCGUAGAGAUAGGCUGGAUUUUCUAGAUGAUGACUACAGGGGGAGAAAUAGAUUUGACAGGCCAAUGCCAAUGGAUUGGGGACAUCGGGAUCGUGGAAGAGAGAACUUCUUCAAUGAGAGGAAAGGGUAUGAAAGGCGACCACCAUCUCCACCUCCACCUCCACAGCUCCCUCCCCGAGGAAGGUGGCCACGUGAUGUGAGAGAGAGGAGCAGAUCACCAGUCCGGGGUGCUCCUCCACCAAAAGAAUAUCGUCGCGAUAUGUACUUGGAACGAGGACGAGAGGAUCGGCGUGGUGUGGGAAGAGACCGAAUGGGAGAUGCAUAUUAGUAAGGGUAGGAUUUUUAGUAGUGGUUUGCAUGGAGCAUGCGUUUUCUGUAAAUUGAGGGAAGUGUUAAGGGGACAGCUAGGACUUAAAUAGUCAGUGCUAUGCUUAUUAUUUCCAUUUCCCCCAAGACAUUUGGUAAAUUUGUGAGACUUGAGAAUUUAUUCGUUCUCUUUUGGGUCU